UAUUUUCUUCAAUAAAGUGUGUUUUGUUAUUUUGUUAACAUUCAACAUAACUUGUAUUUGUAUAGUGUGUAGUAUAAGUAGGUAUACUGUUCACUUUAAUCAAAUUUGUUCAGCUUGUCGGAAUUGUAACUAUACUAUGUUUGUGUAAAAAAAAAAGUCGACUUGGUGUAAUAUUACAUGGUGAUUAAGCAUAUGAAGUACCCACAACAUUAAUCAUUUGACUUAUUAUGGAUGAUCCAAAUCUGACUACUGCUGCAUCUUCUGCUGGAUUUUUACCUACUACUUCUGCAAAUUAUUUAGUUAUGCCUUUCACUCCUACUGUACCCAGUGUUCCAAUGCCUCAGCCAAUGGUUUGGUCUCCAAUGCAACAAGCUCCAUUGGUUGUACCUGUAACACCACAUGUGGUCUCUGCUCCUCCACGUUUCAAUCCACGCGCCACUCGUAAAAAUUUUCGUCAACCUACACCUUCAGAACCGCCCAUCACUGUAUUUGUUGGUAACAUUUCUGAAAAAGCUCCCGACACUAUGAUAAGGCACAUUUUGGCAACGUGUGGAAAUAUUGCUUCUUGGAAGAGAGUACAAGGCUUUGGUUUUUGUGAAUAUUAUGGGGCUGAAGCUGCCUUACGUGCCAUUAAAGUUUUACACGAUAUGGAGGUAGGCGGUAAAAAACUUGUGGUGAAAGUAGAUGCAAAAGCGCAAGAAACAUUAGACCAAUUUAAGGCUGAAAAAAAAGGUACUGAUGAUUCUGAAGAAAAUCAACAAUUCGAAGUAUAUUGUAGACAACGUAUAAACAGUAUAAUUACAGAACACAAUGAUGAAAUAACCAAAGAAGGAAAACAAAGUGAAGAAGAAGACAAACUAAGCAUAGUUGAUGGGGUUGGAUUUGAUAUGGUGCCAAAUGAAGAUGAGAAGAAAAAUUUAAUUUUUCGAGAAAUAGGCAAGUUUCGAGAAGUUAUGAAAAAACGAGAAGAAGAAAAAGAAGUUGAAAGAAAAAAAAAACAAGAAAAGGAAAAAUUAAAUGGAAGACAUGCAACUCCUGAUAGUCCAGAUUCUGAAGAAAAUAGAAGGAUACGCCGUAGAGAAGAACGAGAUAAAAGAGAUAAAGAAAAAGAAGAAAGAGAUAAAAGAGAAAGAGAAAGAGAAAGAGAUGAAAGGGAUAAGCGUGACAGAGAGAAGAAGGAAAGAAGAGACAAAGAAAGAGAACGAGAAAAAAAAGACAGAGAAAAAAGUAUUGACAAGGAAAACCGCAAAGAAAAAGAACCAGAAAAAAGCAGAGGCCACUAUGAUAAAAAUAGAUUAAGAGAAAAGGAAAUGGAAGAAGAAGAGCUGGAGUUAAAAAAAGAGGAUGAUAGACGAAGAGAGAGAGAAUUAGCAUACCAAGAGAAACGUAAACAAUGGGAAAUCAGAGAAAAUCAAAAGAAAAAAGAUUUAGCCAAAGAACGUGCUAAAAAACAAAUGAUAGAAGAAGAAAGAGAAAGAAAUGCUAAAAAACUUAAAGAGUUUUUGGAAGACUACGAUGAUGAUAAAGAUGACCAGAAGUAUUAUAAAGGCAGAGAUUUACAAAAACGUAUUGAACUGCGUGAAAAAGAAAUAGAAGAAGAUGGAAGAGAUCGACAAAAAGAAAAAGAAGAACUGGAAAUCAUUCGAGAAAAGAUAUAUAAUAAUGUUGAACUGAAAGAUCCAGAAUUAGAAUUUGCUAAGGUAUUAAAAGCCAGAGAAGAAAUGUACAAGCCCAAAUUAUUAAUAGAUGUCGCUGAAAAACAAAAAGAUAAAUUAAAACGUUAUGAAAUGGAAAUUGAAAAAGAGAUUGAAAAUCAGAAAAACAUAGAAGUUGAACAGGAACGUCAGAGGCAUAUUAUGGAGAAAGCACUAACACCCAGUCCGCAGCAGCCAGCUACACCACCUAGUGUUGAGUCUCAAACACCUCCACCAGAAUUUGCACCGAUGACUCAACCUACCACUUUAAUGAUUAAGAAAAGAAUGGAUGUAAAAGAUGUAUUUAAUAAUGAUGAUGAAGAAAUGCCCAGGCCUAAAAAAAGAAAAUUGGUUCCUCUUGAUUACACUGAUAAAAAAGAAGAAGAAAGUAAAGCAGUAGAGGAAAAGAAAAAAAGUAUCCGUCAGUUAAUUGAGCGCAUCCCCACCGAUAAAGAUGACUUAUUCUCAUUUAAUCUUGAUUGGACAGUAGUUGACAACCAACUGAUGGAAAAACGCAUUAGGCCGUGGAUAAAUAAAAAAAUCAUUGAAUAUAUCGGUGAGCCAGAACCAACCCUGGUAGAUUUUAUAUGUUCAAAAGUGUUAGCCGGUAGCAGUCCUCAGGCUAUACUUGAUGACGUUCAGAUGGUACUUGAUGAAGAGGCUGAAGUGUUUGUUGUAAAAAUGUGGAGACUUCUAGUAUAUGAGGUAGAAGCUAAAAAGUUAGGAUUGGUUAAACUAGAAGAAAAUGGCCAUAAAGAUCCAUAGUGUGUACAAUAAAUAAUGUGUAACUUUCUGUAAAUAUAAUAUAAUUCAAAUAUUGUGACGAUUAAAAAUCUAUUUACA